AUGUAUGUGGCGGCCGACAGUGACUCGGAGGAGAGUGAGCGGCGCAGCUGGGAGCGAGAGCGACGGCGGCCUGCGCGGCCGGCGCGGCCGACAUUGCAGAGUGCGGAUCUGGCAGCACAGGAGCUGGCACAGGUCGGCAGCGCCGGCUUCUCUGUGGAAGCCUUCCUCCAGCGUCUGGUUCGAUGUGGACAUGCCGUGAACCAGGUCGUGGCAGAUUGCAAUGCAACGCCUUUCGGGGUGCUGCUCCAGCACCUCUCGAAGGAUGGCUUGCUGAUGGAGCCGAGAGCCCAUCAAGCCGUCGCGUCGGCGCUGGCACACGGUGCGAUAUGGAGCCGGCGGGGCAGCACCUGGCCCUUCGAGAUCCUGUUGGAGGGCUUGGUCAAGCACCAGGCUUUGGAGAGUUCUGCCGGCUGCAGGAUGCUCGAAUUGGCCUUGUCUGGAGGUGCCCGGUGGGAGACGGAGGAUGCAGCGUCUUCCCCGUUCCCGUCUGACUUCAUCUACUGCCAGCUCCUCCAGCACAUACUGGAGGCCAAGGUCGCUGACCGGCCGGCAUAUGUGCAGCUGCUGGAGCGGUCCUUGGUUGAGCAACAGCAUCCGCGGCCCAUGACCAUUCGAUUUGAGGGAGGCGGCUCUAUGUUCGCGAGCUGCGUGCGCGCCGUGGCCACGAAUGGAUCGCUCGGCAAGCCGGUUGGCAACGACUUGAUGGAGAUGGCAAAGCGCCAUGGCGGAAGCUGGGACCUCCGCGAUGGUUGGAACAACUCCGGGCUGGAGGAGCUGCUUCUGUUGCUGCUGACCCCAGAGCCGCCAAAGAUGCUCUCAGUCGAGGCGUGCCUUGGCUACCUAUGGGGUAUCAUCGACGAGGAGCCCAAUCCGAGCAGGCUCUGGAACGGCUCGGACGCAACCCGAACGCAGCCUGAUGACUCGACUUUCUUCAAGCUGCUGGAGGGCAUUGCGAAGCAGUGGCCUCGACCUCCGGCGCCUGACCUGCUCUGCUUUGCGCAGCGCACGGGGGCGCGAUGGGAGGACGUUGCCUGGAAUGAGCCACCUUUCUCUGGCCUGCGUGGUGUCGGAAAGCUGACGCCCUUCCACCGUGUUGUGCAAGCGCUGGGCAAUGCUGGAGCCUUCAGUGACCCCGGAGCCACCGACCUUAUCGCCCGCGCUCUCGAGGCUGGCGCUGACUGGGAGGUGGACGACCCCCAGCUUCCAGGACCGAUGCGCUUCCGCGUCAACAUUCCAAAGCUCAUGUGGAGACAUCGACAUGAGACGGUACAGAUGCUGGCCCUGCUCACAUUCCGCCGAGCAAGGCUCCGCGAGGUGGAUGGGGACAUCAAAGCACAAGAGACUGCGUUUUGCCUGGCUGCACUGGCACGGCUAGUAGCCGCCACACAGCCAGUCACGUUUUCUGUUCGUCACCCGUUGGUCGUUCUGGUUGUCAGCUUUCUUCCUCGGGUCCCGCCGGUGAUCGGUUACGACUUCGAAGCACAUUGGGCGUUCUCCGAUGGAAGCAAGUGCUUCCGCCAACGCCGGAGAUGA